GAAUAUGACGAUGCAAUGCAGACGCUUGUGGAAGCUUUCUUGAUACAAGUCGUCCAGUAGCUCUUGACGGAUAUGCAGGGCAGUCAAAGCGCAGAUGCUACGAACAGCUCUAUGUAUAGGCCGGUUCCGUGGCCAACAUUUAACCAGCGGCAGAGGCGCAUGUAUUUGAGAUGCGUGCUUGCCGGAUAGUGUCUCUUUCUUUCAGUUGUAUUGUAAAAUCUGUGCAUCUUUCCAAGAUGUGCUUGCGCCAAAUGCGUCAAUUCCAGAAAGGACUUAUAAUAUGUGCGUGCACCUUCAAGAGGUCAUUGUCAAGGUCUGGAUACCCGAGUGUUCAAGUAUACUCUGUACGAAGUGGCGCAAUCAAGGAAAUUUCCUUCGACGCCGCUGUAGGAAGCACCGAAGCCACUCCUUUCGUAGCCUUGAGAGCAAUGAAAUUCAAGGGCAGAAUGAGGCCCAGUUUGCAUGAUUCCUGUCAUCAUUCUCUAUUGCAACCCCAUAUGCUAGCUUCAGAAGUCUCACCCUGAUUUUGCCCAAAAAUUUCUCCAAAAACGCUACAAGCCACGUGGGCAUGGCGCCGACGUGCAUGUCUAUCUUUUUUGCUCCGUUAGUCACUCCACUAACCUAAACGGCCUGGCAGGAACGCCUUCUGUGCUCUGAAAAUCGACCGGCGCCUUCGAUGGCCAACACUAC